AUAAACACAGAGGGACACAGGUCACAGGCAUUGCAGUAAUUGUGCUGUGUUCAUAAUGGUGCUGAACAUAACAGGGACCCUUCUCCUUGCUGCUGGGGUCACUCUCCUCAUUUACCUUAUACAAUGGUGGAAACAUAUAAAGCAGAGGAACCUGCCCCCGGGGCCCACACCUCUGCCCCUGCUGGGGAAUAUCAUGCAGAUUAGCAGCACAGAAUUUCCUCAGUCUUUGAUGAAGCUAGGUAAAGAGUAUGGACCAGUGUAUACCAUAUACCUGGGCAGUAAUCCUGCUGUUGUUCUGAUUGGCUAUGAUGCAGUAAAGGAGGCGUUGAUUGAUCACAGUGAUGUGUUUAGUGACAGAGGAGUGAUGGAUAUAUUUGAUAUGUUCUUUAAGGAUUAUGGGGUCACCAUGAGCAAUGGAGAAAGAUGGAAGACAAUGCGUCGCUUCUCUGUCAUGACUAUGAGGAAUUUUGGAAUGGGGAAGAGGAGCAUUGAGCAGAGGAUACAGGAGGAGGCCCGGUGUCUUGGGGAGACUUUUAUGAAGAACAACGGCACCCCAUUUGACCCAGCAUAUCUACUGCAACUGGCUGUUGCCAAUGUUAUUUGUUCCAUUGUGUUUGGUGAGAGAUUUGACUACGAGGACAAGAAAUUCCUGACCCUCUUGGCACACAUCAGAGAUUUUAUCCAGCUGUUAAACUCUGGCUCUGGUCAGGUUCUCGGUUUAUUUCCAACCUUGCUGACCUAUGUCCCUGGCCCUCAUCAAAAAAUGUUAUCAUGUUUUCAAAAAAUAAAAGACUUUGUGAUGGACAUGGUGAGGUCUCAUCGAGACACACUGGAUGAGAACUGCCCACGAGAUCUCAUAGACUGUUUCCUCAUAAAGAUGGAAGAGGAAAAAAAGAACCCAAACACUGAAUUUCAUGAGGAGAACCUACAAGGGACAGUAAUCGACCUGUUCUUUGCUGGGACAGAGACUGCAAGUUUGACAUUGAGAUAUGGCUUCCUGAUUCUGCUCAAAUACCCUGAGAUACAAGAGAAGAUCCAUGAGGAAAUAGACAAUGUCGUAGGCAGCGAUCGCUGUCCAUCAGUGGAGGACAGGAGUAAGAUGCCGUACACAGAUGCUGUCAUACAUGAGAUCCAGAGAUUUGCUGAUAUUAUUCCUGCAGGAGAGAUGCAUGCAGCCAGCAAGGAUGCAACCUUCAGGGGACAUCAUAUUCCAAAGGGAACCUUGGUGUUUCCAGUCCUGACCUCUGUCCUGAAAGAUCCCAAACAGUUCAAGAACCCAGAUAAGUUUGAUCCUGGACACUUUCUUGAUGAGAAUGGUGGCUUGAAGAAGAAUGAUGCAUUUAUGCCAUUUUCCACAGGGAAACGUGUGUGUGCAGGGGAGGGUCUGGCUCGGAUGGAGCUCUUCCUCUUUCUCACCACUAUACUGCAGAUGUUUACAUUGAAGCCCACACUGAACACAACUGACAUAAUAAUAACACCGGAACCCAAGACCAAUGCUUCUAGACCUCGCACUUAUGAGAUGUUUGUUGUCCCUCGCUGAUGAUGUACUCAACAUAUUGAUGAUAAAUCAAGUUUUAAGAACACUUAUUAUUUCAAAUGUACCUUAUGAUUAAUCAAAUAAGAGAAAAGAAUAAUUAUAUUGUCGUUGCUUUAUUUUCUGGAACAUGUUACAUUAGUUAAAAAUGUGAGCAAAGAGAAACAAUGGAAUGCUUUGGUCCAGAACAGAAAAUAAAAAUAAAUUCAAAUUAAUGGAAAAUGAAUUAAUAAAAUAGUGUAACUGCAUAUAAUCCAGUAAAAUAAAAAAUGUCACAUUACAGAAUGGAGGACCAAAGAUUAAAAUACUGUAGUCAGGCUAGAUAGGUGGAUUCCUAAUCAUAUCAUGUAAUAAUGUUGAUAAUUGUCAUAAAAUGAAGAUGAUGAUACUGUAGAUACUGUAUAAACAAUAAAAAAUUGGAAUAUGAGAUAAAUAGAUAAAAGUUAAUGGGAGAUAUUCAAUUGUUUGAAAACUCAGUUAGAUGUAUGUUUUUUCUUAUCUAAUAGACAGGAAAAAUCAGACACCCAACCGACUUUUCAAACAUUUGAAUUCCCCCCAAUAUAUGUAAUGUAACUGAAUUAAUUAAUUAAUGUACAUCAUCAGAGAUAUUAAUAACAGUUACUUUUAAUUGUAACCUUCCUGAGGAAGCUGGAUUAUACCAGUGAAACGCGUUGAGCUUACUCUACCUAUCUGGACUUCACUCUCCAAACCGGCCCGCAAAGCCUUGUCAUCCUUCGGCACAUUUUUGACUUCUCUCCCAUCACUGGACCCAAUCAUCAAACCGGUCUAAUCAGCACCCCUACAGCUACAAAUGGACUUGUUCCAACGCUGAUGCUUACCAACAUGGGGAUCUGGUAAUUAUUUACCCAUUACAGUGAAUGCACAAAGGGAGGCUGUCCUAGCCUUUAGGAAUGGACAAUUCUAAUACAGGAGAAUGUGAAAUCUAUGAAACUUUAUCCAGAUAAGUUUUAUCGCCACCUUGUGGCAACAGGAAUUCCUUCUUUUUAGAUUUGUUACAUGUGAUAUGUUAAUAAAUUGU